CCUCCGCUCGUAGGGUUGCGGACUCUUCCUCCCGUCGCCUGAGCGGGCGUCGCCUUCCUCCCCCCGGGGGCCUAGUCAGCCCCACCCCAGGGAAAUCGAGUGGCAUGUUUGUUGCUGCCAUGCCUCGCCACGUGGUGGUGUCCUUCCAACGCCUGGCCUGUGCCCUAGCCUUCCACCAGCCUGCUCCCUGGAGACACGGAGGAAGCCGCCCCCUGCACGUGGCCCCCGCAACCCGCUCUGAUAGAAGCGCCCCGGUGUUCACCCGAGCCCUAGCCUUUGGGGACAGAAUUGCCCUCGUUGACCAGCACGGCCACCACACAUACAAGGACCUUUACUACCGCAGCCUCCGCCUGUCCCGGGAGAUCUGCAGUCUCCGUGAGUGUGCCGGCGGGGACCUCCAGGAGGAGAGAAUCUCCUUCAUGUGCUCCAAUGACGUCUCCUACGUGGUUGCGCAGUGGGCCUCUUGGAUGAGCGGCGGCAUCGCCGUCCCUCUCUACAGGAAGCACCCCCAGGCCGAGCUGAAGUAUUUCAUCCAGGACUCCCGCAGCUCCGUGGUUCUUGCCGGCCAGGAGUACGUGGAGCUUCUGAGCCCGGUGGUCAGCAAGCUGGGGGUCCCCCUCCUGCCUCUCAUGCCCACGGUCUACAGUGGGGCAGCUGAGGAGCUUGGCAGUGGGGAGGUGCCAGAGCGGGACUGGCGAGACCGGGGUGCCAUGAUCAUCUACACCAGCGGGACCACAGGGAGGCCCAAGGGCGUCCUGAGCACCCAUCACAACAUCAGGGCCGUGGUGACGGGGCUGGUCCGCAAGUGGGCGUGGACUAAAGACGAUGUGAUCCUCCACGUCCUCCCACUGCAUCACGUCCAUGGUGUGGUCAACAAGCUGCUCUGUCCACUCUGGGUGGGAGCCGCCUGUGUGAUGCUGCCCAACUUCAGUGCUCAGCUGGUUUGGGAAAAGUUCUUAAGUUCUGAAACUCCACGGAUUAAUGUGUUUAUGGCAGUGCCUACAAUAUAUACCAAGCUGAUGGAGUAUUAUGACAAACAUUUCACCAAGCCUCAUGUCCAGGAUUUCGUGCGUGCAGUUUGUGAAGAAAAAAUUAGGUUGAUGGUUUCGGGAUCGGCCGCCCUGCCCCUGCCUGUGUUGGAGAAGUGGAAGAACAUCACAGGCCACACUCUGCUGGAGAGGUACGGGAUGACGGAGAUCGGCAUGGCCCUGUCCAACCCCCUGACUGCAGCCCGCCUGCCAGGUUCUGUGGGGACCCCGUUGCCAGGUGUUGAGGUGCGCAUCGUCUCGGAAAACCCACGGAAGGAGGGCUACCCCUACGUCCUCCACGCAGAAGGAAAUGAGGAGGAGACCAAGGUGACCCCAGGGUUCAAGGAGAAAGAAGGGGAGCUCUUGGUCAGGGGGCCCUCCGUGUUCCGGGAAUACUGGGACAAACCAGAAGAAACGAAAAAUGCGUUCACCUCGGAUGGCUGGUUCAAAACAGGUGACACAGCCGUGUUCAAGGAUGGCAGGUACUGGAUCCGGGGCCGCACGUCGGUGGACAUCAUCAAAAGUGGCGGCUACAAGAUCAGCGCCCUGGAGGUGGAGCGGCUGCUGCUCGCCCACCCCAGCAUCACGGAUGUGGCUGUGAUCGGAGUUCCAGACAUGACGUGGGGCCAGCGGGUCACUGCAGUGGUGACUCUUCGAGGGGGACACUCGCUGUCCCACAAGGAACUCAAAGAGUGGGCAAGUGAUCAGUCCCAGGCCGAGCCUGAACCCCCGUCUUUGUCAGAGGCCAGAGAGAACAGGACAGGGAGAAGCAUCUGCUGGAACCCUGGAGCAUUGUCCCGGCGAGCUCAGAAAGGAAGCUGUUAGUAAUAUCCCCAAAUUGUUUGUUUUAAAUCCAAGAAUUCUCUCCCCCUUCUCCCCUCCCCCCACCCCCCCUUCCAUCGUGACUUGCCUCCUUCUCCUUAGCGCUAAAGAGAUUUUGUCUUGUUCAACAUGAAUUCACAAACAGUAGGAGUCCUUGUUUCAUCAGGGGCCGCACAGCUAGGCUGUUAGAUUCCCCUGGAUCUGCAGAAUCACAGCUGGAACACUGCAGUGUAACAAAGGUGGAGGGGGGAGUCUAGUCUGCUGGUUGCUGCUUUGAUUAAACAAUUAGUUUGUCAAAAAAAAAAACACGUAACUUGCGCUGAGAGCUCUGCCAGAGUGUUUCAGGGUCCAGAGCUCUGGCCUCACGUUAGCCCUUGGCCGUCCUCAGGCCGGAGGCCCCUAGCACCCAGUGCCAGCUGCUCCGCCCCUUCGCGCCUGGUGCUGCAUCGUCUGUCCGUCCCUCUGAGUUCAGGUGGCUCCUCGCCCGGCACCCGCAGGGGCCUGCACCGGUCGCUGUGGCUUGACUGUGGGUGUGAGAAGGCCCUGAGACGGGCACUGUGUGCGGAGGGGUUGGGGUGCCCUGGAGUGGUGCUCCCAGGAGGGCAGGCGGUCAGUCCGUGCGUGGUCUCCACGAGGACUGUCGCAGGUUGAGGUCGGCGUCCGAGCCUUUGUGUCCUUGCCUUGGGCAGUCACUGGGCGGCGACACCAAAGCUGCCCACCCCAUGGAGGGAGAGGAGGGGUUUUCCCUUCAAAGGGCAGGGCCAACUCCGCAUAUGAGGGACUGUCCAUGUCCCCAGAUCAUGUGGGGGACCAGAGAGAGGCACCUCACUCCAAUUCUUUUGGACACUGGCUUCUUAGUGAAGCUGUGGUUUCUUUCUGUGCCAUCUUCGCUACCAUUUGGGGGUGUUUUUUAAAGCUUUUCUUAAUAAUAAUGUUUUCCCUUUUGCUGCCGUUUUUUUCAUUUCUGAAGAUACUUGCUGCCUCACAGUCUCUCUGUCCCCAAGUGCAGGGCUGUCCUUUUCCUGUGCUGCACUCUUCGCGGGAGUCGGGGGGAAGCUGGCCGCCCCCCGGAUCAGGCAGUACAUAUCCUCCAGGGGUUGAGUGUGGCCCAGAAGCUGGGUAACAACACCACGUUUUCAGGGUCCGGGACAUGGUCGACCCACCACCCUUCCAUCCACCAAACUGCCCAGUUGAAAUGGGCCACGUGGGACUUACACACUGGGAAGAAUUCAGGAAUCCACAGUCUUAAAAUCACCUACAGCCUUGACGUCUGAUCAGACCGUGGAUGAGUAGUUGGCUGGAAGUCCUGUCCUACCUUUGUGCCCACUGUCCUUCCCGAGGGGAUGAGCAGAGGAAGCAGCUGGAGCAGGCCCCCUGUCCACAGGGAACUUGCUCUGACAAACCGCUUGGCUUUGCUGGAUUCCUGGCCAAUGCCGUGCUUUGCCUCAAAGCUAUUCUAAAAGUUUCACAUGAGACCAGUUGCUAAACAUAGGACCUAGUGUCCUCUGCACAGACUCGCGGGCAAACUCCUUGGUUCCCACGGUGGACGGUCUCCUUCCCAAAAAGACCCGUGUUCUCGGAAUGGCAGGGUCCACAGACUUUAAACCCACGUCCUUCGUGACGCUUUUAGAUCACUUUUUCAUGGUUACAGCUUCUGUUCCUCUUCUAGUGGUUGCUAAAUUGGGUUUAUAAGGCGCAUCUUUAACUUCCCGUGACGUCGCGCCUUUCCACACAGACGGUGUGCCUUGCCUUGCCCUGCCCACCCGCCUGCUGUUGUUGCUACACUUUUUUAUUUGUUGUAAACCCCACCCUGCGUCCUUGAUAUUUUUGUUCCAAUAGUUAUCUCUUAAAGAGAAUUCAGUAAUAAGGGAAAUGACGUCCACUUCCCACGUGCUGCUCUUCCUGCCUGGCUGGGACCUGGAGUCCAUCAGCAGCAGACACCCUCACAUCUCUGGUUCAGGUCGGCUGGGGAGGAACUCUGUCAGUGUCUGUGUGUUUGAAAGGGUCUUUUUAAAUUUCAACUUCAUUCUUUUUUUUUUUUUUUUUUUUGGUGAGGAAGAUUAGCCCUGAGCUAACAUCUGUUGCCAGUCCUCCUGUUUUUCCUGAGGGAGAUUGACCCUGAGCUGACAUCUGUGCCCAUCUUCCUCCACUUUAUGUGGGAUGCCGCCACAGCAUGGCUUGGUAAGCGGUGCGUACGUCCGCACCCGGGAUCCAAACCUGCGAACCCUGGGCCACCAAAGUGGAGCGUGCGAACCCAACCACUACACCCCCGGGCCGGCCCCUCACCUUCAUUCUUGAAAGAUGCUUUCUCUGGAUGUCGGAUUCUAGAUUGACAGAUUUUUCCUUUAAUUGGUGAAAAACGGUCCUCCACUACCUCUGCUCUGCACUGUUUCACAGGGAUCUGCCACCGUCUCGGGCCACACCCCCAGACUGCCUCUGCCCUCUUCUCUCCAGGCCCUGCCACCAGCUCAACACUGGCACAGCAAAGGGGAAGCGGGAUGGCCGCCUGGGAGGUGAAGCUGUGGGCGUGGGGAAAGCCACACAGCACCAAUGCACCAGCCGAACCCCGCUGGAGACAGAGUUUUGGCAGCAGGGCUGGGGGGCCGUGGGCGGCUUUGUUCCAGGAGCAGGUGGGGGUGUCAGGCCAUAGGGGUUCACUCCUGCACACUGUCAGGGUCACAGGCCAGUUUGGGUGCUUUGUUCUAGCGAAGUCCCACCCGGCCCCACAUGUCCUCCUGGCCCUAGUGGGCAGCCAGCCAUCUCCUGCAGCUGCCAGGGCCACAGACAGUGGCACCCUCUCCUCUCAGAAGCCAGCAGCCUGCACCCUGAGCUCCCCCGGUGUGGGAGCCUCCGGUAAACUUUGGCAGCAGGCUGUUUGUGGCAGGACCCGCCCCCAAUGACACUGCACCCAAAGGCAGUAAGGCUCAUAUUUCUUCAUAAGCACCCGGCUGCUAAGGCCGAGAUUGGGGGUUUCUCUGCCACCGCCCAUCACUGGCUCCUGACCGUGCUGCAUGUUCCGUGGCUGAGACUGCUGCCACAGCUCACAGACCGGAGGGCCACGCACACUUGCUGGCCCUGGGCAGACAUUGGGGUACCGUAUGUCCUGUCCCUCUGGCCCAACUUGAAGCUCCUUGUCAGAGCCCCAGAGAGCGGACCCUUCAAGGCCCAGGAGGCCAGGAGCUGGUGUGCCCGGUGCAGGAAACGGCCGUGGGUCUGUUUCCCCUUCUCCAGCGCUCCAGGCGGCAUCCUGGGUCUCUGCCAUUUCUUUGCAACAGGGCAUGUGGCCCCGCGUGUGGCUGUUGGAGAGCGAGGAGCAGGCAUCUCUUGUCUGCUCAGAACCAGUGCCAGCAUAGUUUUUUAAGGAGUAGUUUUCCAGAGUGGAGCCUGGGGGUGGUGGGACCCCACUGUGUGGCCGCUCACAGGGGAAGACAUCGUCUAACGGGGUGCCCCGUAGGAGUGCUGCCCUGGUGCAGGGCAGCUCCAGGACUGACAGACAAGCCCCUCCCACUGCUUAAGCGCCGGGCUGUGGUUGGGGGGGCAGCGCCAGCCCACGUGGCCACAGCACCUAGGGGUCUGUGAGGUGCCCACAGGCCCCUCAGCCCUGCCCACCCGCCUCCUCCGCCCAUCUGGCCAAGGCCUGCUGGAGAGAAUGGGCCGCAGAGGGGGACCUUUCCAGCUCCGGGCCAGGGUCUCAUCCUCUCCCCUGGGGGGCGGGAGGCAGAGAGUCAGCAGGACCUGGACCACGCGCUGUGGCAUCUCCGUGUUGAGUGUCCUGCGGCAGGGAUGCCCUCCCUGGGCUGGUGCAGGCUGUGGCCAGGCUCCCUGUCCUGCCAUCUGGGGAGGAUGCUGGAGUUCUGCUGCUCAGGCGGUGCUUG